AUACUGCUGACAUGCGCAGUUGAAUCAAAAUAUCUGGGUAUCUACUUUCUGUUGAUAUAUUAUGAUGCUAGACAUUGGCAAUGGUUGUGAGAAAAGUGUAUGAAUCGACAUAUAGGCGGAUGACCGUUCUCUCUUAGACAGAAUUUCGUCAGAUAGGCUUAACAUGGAUUUGACAUUGUGACUUCGAAAAGUGGGACAAUGAGUGCUUUCAACAAUCAAAAUGUUUCUUCUUCCUUCAAUUUUCAAGAUUUUUCUUCACGCCUGAGUGAACCUGAUGCUAUAAUUGUUGAGAUAGCCAGUGAGGUUACUCCAAGUCAAGUUGUAAAACCCGACAUAGAAGACGAUCAGAAGCGAUGGCUAAUUGUUGGAAUAUGUCUGCACAGCGUCAUAUCUCCCGCCUUAAGACAGUACAUUCCGCCCUUUGUGAGCAAAUUGUACAGCGCUUUGAAACGCAUAGACCAGAUUGACAAACAGACAUUCGCCAAAUAUCUAAUACGAUAUAAACCUACAAACAAGGAGCUGAACUAUGAGGCAAUUAACAACAACAGUGCUAUACCAAAGGUGAAAGGGAAGAAAGAUGUACAGAAAUAUAACUACAAUGUAACUAGCGAUGUGGACCUAACAAAAUUGUUCAUGAUAACCAGUAUGGCCCACUAUACCGGGUUUGAUGAUACGUGUGACUCGUCGGCACUACUGGGAAUCAUUAUCAAUAUUGAUAAAUUCCCUGCUUUACCAAAGCAAACAGCUGAAAAGGUACGUGCUGACAUUCGGAAUCCUUGGGCUCAUUGCAACUUUUCUGAGUGGGACGUCAUAAAGUAUCAAAACUCAUUCCAGCUAAUGCACCAGUUUAUUCGGAAUCUGCAACUUCCGGUUCAGGAUGAGACAGCAGUUCUAGCGAAACUGAUUCACUGGCAAACAAAUGGAGUACAGUUUCUACAAGGCACAACACUUGGAUUAGAGCUGGUACAAGAACUUAAAAAUGAAACAAGAGCGCUAAGUAAAUUUAUACUUGACAUUGUUCCUCAAACAGAUAAGAGUUUCAAAGUUGUUCAUAAUGCUAUACUUUCUAUGGAAGGCACUUUAAAUGACACCGUUGAUAAAAUAAAUCUUCUAGAGACGGAUAUGUCGGGAUUGAAAGACAAUUUGAAUACCCUGACAGAUACAGUUGAUGAUUUGCAAGGUGCACAUGAGCAACAUUAUAAGACCGUUGAAAAGAUGAAGACUGAUAUAAGAGAUGUACAGUCUAAUGUUAGUAAAACACAACUGGAACUUGUUGAUUCUACUCAGAAGGUUGAUCACUUAGAAAGUCGUUUAGACGAUAUAUCAGUGGGUGUAUCAGAAAACAGGACUAAACUAAAUGAUACUAAGACAGAGAUUAUAUAUGUUAGGACUGAUAUUGAAAGUGCAAAAACUGAAGUUAAAAACAUAAAGACUGAAAUGGAUGAAGUAAAAGAAGAUAUGAAAAAGACCAAAUUUGAACUACAUAAUACAAAAGCUGACGUCGCUAAAAACAGAGUUGAUAUUGAGGAGUUAACUAAAUAUUUAUCAUCAGAUAGGCCAAAUAGCAAAGUGUUUUUCUAUCCUCUAGACAGAGUUUCUUCAUUUGUUAGUCGAGAGGAUGAAUUAGAAACGCUUCAAAAAGAGUUUCAAAGAUGUAGCAACGAUCAUCAUGUACAAGUUAUUUGUGGAUUAGGCGGAAUUGGAAAAACAACCUUGUCUAUUGAAUAUGCUUGGACGUUUCAAAGUUUUUAUCCUGGAGGUGUCUUUUGGAUGUCGGCAGAAACAACCGAAGCAUUGGAAGAUUCUAUACAACGUCUAGCCAUAGACACAAAUAUAGUUGGGAAAAAUGCAAAAGAAACACUCACAAAGACCCUAAAAUGGUUGUCCUCUAUACAAGAUAGAUGGCUGCUUGUGGUCGAUAAUGUAGAUAUGGAGGAAAUCAGAGGUAGUAUAAAAGAAUUGCUUCUCGGAUCUUGGAAAAGGAAUUCAAAAGGCCAUAUUAUAAUUACAUCUAGAAGGGAGGCGGAAGAAGCGGGAGAUGAAUUCAAUGUCAAAUUAAAGGACUGCAUUACACUAGAUGUACUAACAGAACGUGAAAGCGUUCAGUUCAUGACAACUCGCUCGGGCUGUAAGAAUGAUAAAAACGACCGCAGUCUCGAAUUGUUAAUAGAGGAGCUCGGUGGUCUACCGCUCGCUUUGGAACAAGCAGCCGCACAUAUCAAAGCAUUACGCUGUACCUUCAAAGAAUAUCUGGAAAAAUUUAAUCGAAAAAGGCUGAAAAUACUCAAAGCUAGUAGAUCUCAGUUUGUUGUAUCAAAAGAACGCCAAGCUGUACGGACAACAUGGCAAUUGAAUUUUGACUAUAUAGACAAACAGUCCGAAGAAGAAGGACUAGGAUGUGCAGCUGUAACUGUAAUGGAAAUAUUAGCAUUUCUGCAUGCAGAUGAAAUUCCACUGACAGUUUUAAAUGUAGGUUCACCCGAGAUUUUGGACGAAGAUCUUCUUGACGCGUUCCAAGAAGAAAUAGGAGUCAAGCAGGUUGCUGAAAUACUUGCACGAUUCUCUUUGUUCAGUCGUUGUGGUGGCAGUACGCUCAGUGUCCAUCGAUUAGUGCAGGAAGUCAUAAGAGAGAAUCUGACCGAUUCAGAUCGAAAAGCGUUCAUCCUACAGUGUGCAACACGAAUGAUAAAUAAGGCUCUUGAGAGGACGCAGUCGCCAAGAGAAGCUUUAAAAGAGGAAAAUAUAGGCAGAGCUUCAUUACAAAUGUGGAGUAAAUUAGCACUCAAUGCAAAUACAUUAAAAACCUAUCUGUUCGAGUUUACAAAAACAAAUAGGAAACAGAUGCAUAUUUGCUUUAAUAUUGAAAGCACAAAGCUAUUACAAACAAGUGCAAUAUACCACAGCCUGUUUCAGCGGCAAGACGAGGCGUUAGCCUGCCAAGCUCAAAUGUUGAGCAUCAUACCGGCACUUGGCAUUGAAGAAUCUGAUUACAGAGAUCUAACCUGUAUUAAAAUACCCCUUUUACAGAAUGACAGGCAGAUUAUUCAAAGUAGUAUGAUAAUGGCUAUAUCGACAGGAACAGAACCAUUGGUAGGAAUAGAUCAAGCACAAACCGUUGCGCUGUUGGAUCCAGAACCAUUGCGGAUUAUGGGUAAUGAAGCUUUCAAGUCACAGAAAUACCAAGAUGCCAUUCAAUGUUAUACUGAAGCAAUCACUGCCAGUCAAGAUAAUAUUGAUCCAAAAGUUCUUUCAAACAGAAGCCUUGCCUACUUAAGAAUUUCUGAUUAUGAAAACGCAUUACAUGAUGCAGAUUUAUGUAUACAAAUUGAUCCAAACGCACACAAAGCGUAUUCCUGGAAGGCAUAUGCAAUUGCUAAUCUUAUUCGUCUUGGUAUGUUGCCGAAGUCCUGGGAAUCAGCUGGUUUGGCAGCUGCAGCUGUUGCCGGAUAUCUUAAUAAGGAGUGUUUACUAGAAUACAGGAUGAAAAUUGAAUAUCCAGUUGUAAAAUUCCAUAUUAUAGAAGAUCAAUCCACUCUAGGACAGGAAAUGGUUUCCAUGAUGAAUAGUGCUUAUACAACAUUAUUGCUACGUAAAGGUAAUUACCAAAUAGAUCUGCAUAAAGCAGAGAUCGCUACAAAAAGUGUUCAGAUCAUCGGUAUAGAAGAAGGUGUUGAAAUCCACAGCCCACUAGGAGUUUCCUUGAUCCACCCGAGUAAAAUAAGUUCUAAAUUUCGAUUCGAGACAGAAAUUAACGUAUUUUUCGAAAACGUGACUUUUCCUAACGAGACUGGACAAAUACUUGUCGAUGGUCUAGUGAAUGCAACAUUCUACAGAUGUGUGUUUUCAAACGGUAGGAAGGGCUGUGAAGACUUUCCAUUUUGUAAUGGUCGUCGUGGUUGUGUAAAUCAAAACCCGGACGAGUGCAGGAAGUUAAAUGCGUUGCAGGAAAAAGCGCCGUGUCCGCAUCCGAGCGGAGUCGUUGGUCACGCCGGCAUCUGUGCAGAUGGAGGUGGAAAUGUAUUAAUUGAUAACUGUACACUAAACAGGUGCGGUGGCGGGGGCACUCUCAGUAUUAACGGAUCUGUUCUUAAGAUAAGACACAGUAUCGUUCGUAAUAUGAGACAGAUGGGUGUUGAGGCAAGGGAAGGUGGCUCUACAGUUGCUGAAGAUAGUACAAUUUGUGACAAUCAGUUCCAUGGGGUGGCGAUAGGACCGAAAGGAAGAGGGGUUGUAAAAAGCUGUGUCAUACAAAACAACAAAAACGAAGGAAUUUGGUGCGGAGGCAAUCUGGACACUAUAGGAGAAUCCCGUUUAACACAGACAUCAAAUUCAGAAGGCGGAUCAACAUGCAUGAUCUUUGAUAAUUUAAUCUAUCAAAAUGGUAUGUCAGGAAUAUCACUAGAUGGUGGAUCGUAUGAUGUUUCUGGAAAUAAGAUAUUUGAAAACUGGCUUUGGGGAAUGAUGGUGAAAUCUAGAUCAACAACAAACAUAUGCAACAACGAUAUAUUUGAGAACAAGUGUGGCGGCAUAAGGAUUGGAGUAAAUUACUCAGCACCAGUCAUGAUGGAUGGAAAUACUAUUCGGGACCAUACUGGCCCUGCUGUUCAUACAGAAAGGGACCCCAGAAAGAAUGAACUUCCAAGGUCGUUACAUGGAAACAAAGGUCUAAUGGAAAUGAUGAAAGCUAUUGGUAUGAUGGAUGAUGAGAGCACUAUUUUUUCAUUAUCACCUAUCAUAACAACAAGGAAUGUAAUCGAAAAAAAUAACAGAGGAGAACAGCAUCCACGACAAAUCCUAAGCCUUGUAGAAACAUGUUGUUUCUGUCAUAUUAAUUCUAAUAAAUUAAAAUGUUGUGCGAAGUGUAAGAAGGCAAGCUACUGUUCUAAAGAAUGUCAGAAACAACACUGGAAACGUCAUCAGAUAAUAUGCAAACUCAUGAUGGAAAACUUUACUGUAGAUAUAAAGAUGUCAGAAACAACUAAAUGGGACAAAUACUUCGAAAGUCCGCCAGGCUUUGUUAGCAUCCGCGGAACAAACGCUCCACUGCCAGGUUUAGGGGAAGGUACACCUCCUGAGAUGUCAAGUGAUAGGAGAUUUAUUGUCAAGAUACAAUCAGGAAGUGAAUACACUAGAUAUGAUCCAAAUAAGAUGCUGAGACUGUAUGACCAAACUCAGACCUUGGAUAUAUAUUUCAGAAACCCUAACAUCUAUCACUUACUUUGCGAGUGUGGUGUUCUUGCUGCAUCGAAAUUCACUACAAAGAAAAUGUUCUGUUGGGCUUCUUUUAAAAACAACGGCAAAACACUGCGUAUGUAUAUAGACACUUUGCCAACAUUUCAAACGUGGUAGUCAUACAGGCAAUUUAGUAUAUCAGAUGUUCAAAACACAACAAAAUACCCGGUAUACAUUUUCAUCAGUGCGUUCUUUGUUUUGUAAUCGAAUGUAGGAAUGAAAUAUAGCAAUAGAAGUCUGUACAAAAACAAGUGUCUGCUGACGAUUCUUGAUAUACUGUAUAAAUUUGUGUAUUUUCUUGUAACUUUAUCGUUAUCUGGUACCAGUCACUUUCACAGCAAGCUACGAAACACGUUUUAAUUAAAUUAUUUGUUUGCUACUAUAUGUACAGAAACAUGUGUUUAAUUUUGUGCUUUUCAAAAGGCACUAGAUGUAGAAACAGUAAGUUUAAUAUUCUAUCACCAUAUUUUAAAAUUCUAGUGAGAUAAAUUAUGGAGAAUGUGAACAAAUCUUUAAUAGCAUAUAAUUAGUAAAUUUAGAUUGAUAAAGUACUGGUUUAGUAUUAAGACUGUCAAAGAUAUAUUUCUUUUGUAAGCCUUUUUGUGAUAAAUAGUAAAGUAUCGGAAAACUACCGCGAUACAUUUUACUGUCAGUCUACGUUUUAUUACAGUCAAACCUGUGUUAAAGACCACCUCUGAACAGAGACCACCUGACUCUAAAAACCACAUGUUUUGUUUCCCAUUUUUUAACCUGUGUAUUUUAACCUGUGAAUAAAGACCAUCUCCAAAUAUAGACCACGAUUAUGCUCUCCCAAAAGUGGUCGUUAUACACAGGUUUGACUGUAUAUUAAUGUUUUGAUUUAAUUAUAAUUUAUUUCCUGAUUUUCUUUAUUAUGUUCUUUAAUCUAUGACAACAUAGAUUAUUCAUCAAACUAUGACUGCCUCCGGCCACGUUUGAUAUUACUAAUUGUUAGAGAUAGUGUAUUUGAUAAAUGAGCUAAAAAUGUCUGCCUUGUAAAUAUUUCACUACAAGGGUAAAAUUUUCCUAUGAAAAUGUAGUCAUAUAAUUAUUAUUUCAGCAAGCAUAAUGUGGUAUAAGUGUGUUAGUUGUAAGACUCUGCGUUACGGUGUAUUGUUGUGUUUGUUAUAAGAGUAUCUGUUAUUUUAUUAUGGAAUAAGUAUACAUGUUAUGUUGUAUAAUUUUGUAUGUUACAAGACCAUCUGUCAUGUUGAAUGAUUCUGUAUGUUAUAAGACUAUCUGUUAUGUUGUAUAAUUUUGUAAGUAAUUAGACUAUCUGUUAUAAUGUAUUAGUUUUAUCUACGGGACUAUCUGUCAUGUUGAAUGAUUCUGUAUGUAUUAACCCUUAUCAUGCUGGACAAGAUUAAUUCUGCCUUUGCGAACAGUAUAGAUCAUAAUCAGUUUGCACACCCAUGCAGUUUAAUCACUAUCUGCAUUGUUCGCCAUGCUGUCAGUAUCGUUUGGUGAGCACCCCUUUUAACAGUAAAUAGUACUAUCCAAAGUGCAAGAUGGACAAGUUGAUUGUAGAAAUUUAGCAGGGUAAGGGUUAAGACUCUCUGUAAUGUUGUAGAUUUUUGUAUGCUAUAAGACUAUCUGUUACGUUGUAUAAUUUUGUAUGUUACAAGACUAUCUGUCAUGUUGAAUGAUUCUGUAUGUAAUAAGGCUAUCUGUAAUGCUGUAUACAUUUGUUUGUUACAAAACUAUUUGUUUGUUAAAGACUAUCUGUCAUUUUAAAUGUUUCUUUUAUGUAAUAAGACUAUAUGUUAUGUUGAAUAUUUUUGUAUGUGUCAAGACUAUCUGUUAUGUUGUUUUGAAGAUGUCACAAUAGCAUAUCUUACUCAGACAAAGCCAGUGUGUAUACAGUCCAAUGCAUUUUGUUUCACGUUUCUUUUUCUCCUAUGAGAACAUUGUCUCAUGUCACCAUGCAAGAACAUUGUAUUGAGGAUUAAAAGUCAUAAUAUUACUGGCAGACUACUAGUAUAUAUUAUGGAAACACAUGAGAAUUAGUUGUUUGUACUAUUUUUUCUUUGAAAAUCGAAAAGCGUUUGUAACGUGUUACUCGAGGACAACUGCCUUAAUCUGGGAGUUUUAAGAUAGUUUAGAAACAAAAACUCACAUUCUAAUGUUCAUAAUAUGACCACACUUUAAUUUUAAAGAACUGAGAUCAUUUAGCCAAAAUCUGGAAGUCAGUACUUUUAAUAUGUUCAAGGUUCAGGAACACAACUGGAUCUAAAAAUUAAUCCCAUGACCAAUACACGGUUAUAUUUAUUAAGUAUGUUUACUUUUAUUUUGAACCCGUUUAUUCUGUAUCCCAGCUGUGGUAUUAUAGUUCUUUUACUGCAAUAUUGACGAACACUGUUUACUGCAUAAUCAUUUUACUUAACAUGUGAUGUUAGAUGUAUAUAGUUUCGCUUGUCUGGCCUUGAGCGCAUCACGGCAAAUUAUAGCUGUCCGACUAAUGGUACCGGUACAUCAUUUAAAUUGAUUUAAAACUGAGAAAAUAUUAUUUUCUAAUUAAAUUGUCUAAUUUUGUAACACUCUUGUUAAUAUUCAUGAAAUUGCAAACUGAAUGUCUAUAAAAAUACCUUGAAAAAAUGU